AUGGCACGUUCAGCGCUUCUUGCAGCCGCCUGCUUGGCUUUGCAGUUUGCCUGCUCGGCACACGCCGCGUCUGCACCCCAGAACGCCACCGGCAAUGCAGCGACCUGGUGGAUGUCGAGUAUCAAGCGCCAGGGCUCCGUCCCUUACACCAACAACAGGGAAAGCUACCAGGUGUUCCGUAACGUCGCCGAAUUCAAUGCCAAGGGAGACGGGUCGACCGACGAUACCGAAGCGAUCAACGAGGCAAUCAGUUCUGGCGGCCGGUGCGGCUUGGGCUGCAAUUCUUCCACCACCACGCCCGCCAUCAUCUACUUCCCCCCCGGCGUCUACAGCAUCUCCGACUCCAUCAUCCCGUACUACUACACUCACUUGAUCGGGGACGCUCGUAAUCCUCCUACCAUCAAGGUUCGGGGCGACUUCAAGAAACCGUUUGUCAUCGAUGCCGAUCCCUACGGAGCAGACGGUAAGACCUGGUGGAGAAGCCGGGACAACUUCUUUCGUCAGAUCCGCAACUUCAAAAUUGAUCUUACCGACGCAGACGGGAAGAACAUAACUGGGAUUCACUGGCCCGUGGCCCAAGCCACGUCACUGCAAAACAUCGAGUUCAACAUGGCCAAGCAUACCAACGAAAGUGCCGUUCAGCAGGGGCUUUUCAUCGAAGAUGGCUCCGGAGGCUUCAUGACCGAUCUCGUCUUCAACGGUGGCAAAUACGGCAUGAACGUGGGCAGCCAGCAGUUCACCUCGCGGAACUUGACGUUCAAUGGCUGUCAGACCGCUAUUAAUAUGCUUUGGAAUUGGCUGUGGACCUUUCACGGAGUUACAAUUAGCAAUAGCGAGGUGGGUAUCAACAUGGCCAACCGUGACGGGACCACACAGACGCCAUCCGUGGGCUCCGUCUUGUUGCUCGACAGUACCAUUUCCAACACCAAAGUCGGCAUCGCCACUCUCUACGACCCCAACGAAUCGGCAACGAACGGCACCCUAGUGCUCGAUAACGUAGAUAUGUCGUCGAACGUUGAAGCUGCUGUGAAAAGAGAGGACACUGUCGUCUUCGACGGGAACCGACGCAUUGAGACCUGGACCCAGGGACGUUCCUAUACCGGCGUCGCGGGCGAAACCGUGCGGGGCCCGAGGAAAGUGGCCUCCAAGCCUGACGCGCUGAAAGACGAUAACGGCAAGGUGGUGACCAAGAGCAAGCCCCAAUAUGAGGACGUUCCCUCCUCUCAAUUCGUCUCCGUCAAGUCAAGAGGUGCCAAGGGCGACGGAGUGACAGACGACACCGAAGCUAUCCGACAGGUCUUCCAUUGCCUCAAGGCGGGGGAGAUUGUCUACUUUGACUACGGCGCGUACCUUGUUACGGAUACGAUCAAGGUGCCCAAGGAUGUCAAGAUCGUCGGCGAAGUAUGGCCGCUUAUCAUGGCUGGCGGUAACAAGAACUUUAAGGACCAGGCGAAUCCUAAGCCAGUCUUCCAAAUCGGCCAACAAGGGGAAACCGGCAACGUCGAGAUACAAGACCUCAUGUUCGCGACCGUUGGCCCCCAGCCAGGCGCGAUCCUGGUCGAGUUCAACGUCGCGGGGGAGACCAAAGGCUCCGCCGGACUCUUCGACGUUCAUUUCCGCGUCGGUGGCGCCAAUGGAACCGACCUGCAGCUUGACAAGUGUCAGAAGAAACCCAACUCCAGGGACGUCAACAUGGACUGUGUCGGCGCAUUCAUGCUUAUGCACGUUACGCCGUCAGCCAGCCCGUACCUGGAGAAUAUUUGGAUGUGGGUGGCCGACCACGAGUUCGAUGCAUACGACCCAAUGGUUCACCCCGACGAUGUGCAGCUGACCAUUUAUAACGGCCGUGGCAUCCUAAUUGAGAGCACAAAGGGCGCGUGGCUCUGGGGCACCGCGUCCGAGCACAACGUCAUGUCCAACUACCAGCUAAACAACGCCGAGAAUGUAUACAUGGCCUUUAUUCAAUCCGAGACGGCCUAUUACCAAGGAAAUCCAGACUCUCAACAGCCAUUCAAGCCCAACUCGAAGUAUGCGGACCCUGACUUCUCGACCUGCGCCGCCAACAGUCCCCGUUGCGCGCGCACCUGGGGUAUGCGCGUCAAUAACUCCACGGGCGUGUUCGUCUACGGUAGUGGACUGUAUAGCUUCUUUGACAACUACGAUCAAGAAUGUCUCAAGACCAAUAACUGCCAAGACAACAUGAUCGCCGUCGACCAGUCGAAAGUCGAGCUCUUUGGCAUUAGCACCAAAGCCAGUGCGAACAUGGUAACGCUGGAUGGAAAGCCGGCAGUGAUGGACGCCGACAACCGCAAUACCUUUUGCGGUACUAUUGCGUCCUUUGAGUCUUGA